CUCGCCAGCCUCCCUGCGCCGCGCCCGGACCUGCCACCCCCGCCUCCCGGGCCCGACCUCGGCAGCGCCCCUCGAUUCGGCUGCCAGCGCCACCCGCCCUCCCAGAGCAGGGAGCGGAGCGCGGGGCGGCAGAGACACCGGAGCUAGUACCUGCCGGCCCCGCCGAGCAAACCCGGCCGGGAGAACCUUCGCCCGGCCCAGCGCCGCUUUGCAGCCGUCCGGGAGCUGUCCCUUCAGCACCGCCGCGGAAGCUCGAGUUCCAGCCCAGUCUAGCCCAGCGGAACCUCUCAGCGAGCCGAAGCGCAUAGGGCACUGCGCUGAGUGGCCGCCCCGCGGGGCAGCACCCUGGUGCCCCUGCCUAGGGGACCCGCCAUCUCCUCCGGGAGGCGGGGAGAAGGAAAGAGGAGGGCGGUCGGGCAGCUUCACCCCCCACCGAGGGGAGUAGGCAGCCAGGCAAGGAGAGCCGAAGGGGACCGGCCACGCAGGGAGGAGAGCAAACCGCAUCGGUCCCCUCCGCACCGGGAGCUCGUUGCGGCGACCACCGCAGAGCCGAGCUCGGAUUUUCCGCAUCCUCCUCUUCCCCUGCUGGUGCUGGUCUAUCGGUCCGAACCCCGGAACGGAGCAGCUGACCUUUCCCUUAAAAGCUUUGUGUUGGUUUCUCCAUUUUCCCGCUGAGAUGGUACCGGGAGCCCGGCCCCCCCACCUUCUCUCCCCUCCUCCCGGGGCUCGCCGCUGAGCGCCGCCCCACUCCCUUCCUCCCUCCCUCUUUACCUCCCUCCUCUCUUCCUCUGCCUCCUCCGCAGCCAGGCCAGCUCCCUCUCACAUUAGGCGCCUUAAAGACCCUCAGGAGCCCGCGCACACACCCCUGACACACCUGACUGACAGCUCCCCUUGAGGGGGCUUGGGUCGCUCGUUAGGGUGGGUGGCCAGAGCCGAGGUCCUCUGUGCCCCCCGACGGCUGGGGGGAGGGGGGAAGAGGCCCUGCGCCCCCCUCCCCGUCGCCAACUCCCCCUGGCGGCAGCUCCCAUGGGUGUCGCUGGGCCGCGCCAUGCCUAAGGGGGCGCCGCGAUGGGCCAAGGGGACGAGAGCGAGCGCAUCGUGAUCAACGUGGGCGGCACGCGCCACCAGACGUACCGCUCGACGCUGCGCACGCUGCCCGGCACGCGGCUUGCCUGGCUGGCGGAGCCGGACGCCCACAGCCACUUCGACUAUGACCCGCGCGCCGACGAGUUCUUCUUCGACCGCCACCCGGGCGUCUUCGCUCACAUCCUGAACUAUUACCGCACUGGCAAGCUACACUGCCCGGCCGACGUGUGCGGGCCGCUGUACGAGGAGGAACUGGCCUUCUGGGGCAUCGACGAGACAGACGUGGAGCCGUGCUGCUGGAUGACGUAUCGCCAGCACCGCGACGCUGAGGAGGCGUUGGACAGCUUUGGCGGUGCGCCCUUGGACAACAGCGCCGACGACGCGGACGCCGACGGCCCAGGCGACUCGGGCGACGGUGAGGACGAGCUGGAGAUGACCAAGAGACUGGCGCUCAGUGACUCCCCAGAUGGUCGGCCUGGCGGCUUCUGGCGCCGCUGGCAGCCGCGCAUCUGGGCGCUGUUCGAGGACCCCUACUCAUCCCGCUAUGCGCGGUAUGUGGCCUUUGCCUCCCUCUUCUUCAUCCUGGUCUCCAUCACAACCUUCUGCCUGGAGACCCACGAGCGCUUCAACCCCAUCGUGAACAAGACGGAAAUCGAAAAUGUUCGAAACGGCACGCAGGUGCGGUACUACCGGGAAGCGGAGACCGAGGCUUUCCUCACCUACAUCGAGGGCGUCUGCGUGAUCUGGUUCACCUUUGAAUUCCUCAUGCGCGUCAUAUUCUGUCCCAACAAGGUGGAGUUCAUCAAGAACUCGCUCAACAUCAUUGACUUUGUGGCCAUCCUCCCCUUCUACCUGGAGGUGGGCCUCAGCGGCCUGUCCUCUAAAGCUGCCAAGGACGUCCUGGGCUUCCUGCGUGUCGUCCGCUUCGUGCGCAUCCUGCGCAUCUUCAAGCUGACCCGCCACUUUGUGGGCCUGCGCGUCCUGGGCCACACGCUCCGUGCCAGCACCAAUGAGUUCCUGCUGCUCAUCAUUUUCCUGGCCCUGGGCGUGCUCAUCUUUGCCACCAUGAUCUACUACGCCGAGAGGAUAGGGGCGCAGCCCAAUGACCCCAGCGCCAGCGAGCACACACACUUUAAAAAUAUCCCCAUCGGCUUCUGGUGGGCUGUGGUUACCAUGACGACGCUGGGCUAUGGAGACAUGUAUCCUCAGACGUGGUCUGGGAUGCUGGUGGGAGCACUGUGCGCCCUAGCUGGUGUGCUGACCAUCGCCAUGCCGGUGCCCGUCAUCGUGAACAAUUUUGGGAUGUACUACUCUCUAGCCAUGGCUAAGCAGAAGCUACCAAAGAAAAAAAAGAAGCAUAUCCCGCGGCCGCCACAGCUGGGAUCUCCCAAUUAUUGUAAAUCUGUCGUAAACUCUCCUCACCACAGUACUCAGAGUGACACAUGUCCGCUGGCCCAGGAAGAAAUUUUAGAAAUUAACAGAGCAGAUUCCAAACUGAAUGGGGAGGUGGCGAAGGCCGCGCUGGCGAACGAAGACUGCCCCCACAUAGACCAGGCCCUCACUCCCGAUGAGGGCCUGCCCUUUACCCGCUCGGGCACCCGCGAGAGAUACGGACCCUGCUUCCUCUUAUCCACCGGGGAGUACGCGUGCCCACCUGGUGGAGGAUUGAGAAAGGAUCUUUGCAAAGAAAGCUCUGUCAUUGCUAAGUAUAUGCCGACAGAGGCUGUGAGAGUGACUUGACCAGGCGGCUUGGCCGAGGACACUGGUGGCUAUUAAGCAUCUGGGUGGACCUGCAGCCCCUCCUCACCCUUGGACAGAGUAAAUUCACGCCAUGCAGGUUUGCCGGACGAGUCCGAGUGGCCCAGGCAUUGUACUAAGACGGACGUAGCUUUUUCUACGGCCAAUGGUAACUGACCGUAGAGGAUCGCCCUUCUUUCUUUUUCUUUUUUUUUUC